AUGGACGAGAGAACCGAAGACGAUGACCGGGACGCAUUGGCAGGGCUAAGCUCUGCCCCUCCGCCCCGAAAAUCCCACUCAUUGAGCCAGCAGCUGCGUGCAUCCUCCGCGCAAAAGCGCCACCACCAAAUGCGCAAGCACAGCCUCGACGACGUCCACGUUGUCCCCAAGAACAUCCAUAACAACAAUGCAGACUACUACGACUCUUCCGACGACGAUUUCUUCCCCUACUCGACCUCCUCCACUAAUACCACCACGAGUAUGAACAUGAAUGUUGGUGUUGGCCCUGAUCAAGACUUGUACGCCGCGGGCUCUCACUCGCAGAGACUUGACCAAAGCCUCUGCAUGGAGGGUGAGGGUGGCCAUGGUGAUUUAGAUCAUCAUGACGGCAGCAGGGAAAGCCAGCCCCUGGCAGAAUUCAUCGGCAGUGGAGGCGGCGCUGGAAUCUUCAAGGUUCCAACGCGCGCCUCAGUGCAUCCUGGCCGUCCGCCCUGCUUGGAGCUGAGACCGCACCCGUUGAGGGAGACUCAGGUGGGGAGGUUCCUCAGGACCAUUGCCUGCACGGACACCCAGCUGUGGGCCGGGCAGGAGGGUGGGGUGAGGGUGUGGAAUUUGAAGGACGUGUUUGAACCGGGGUGCGGCCUUGGCGGCAGAGUGUUGAGGGGUGAUGAGGACGCAGCCCCUUACUAUGAAUCGGCCAACUCCUCUCCUACCCUCUGCCUCAUGGUUGAUUCCGGGACUCGGUUGAUUUGGACUGGCCAUAAGGAUGGCAAGAUCAGGUCUUGGAAGAUGGAUCAGCCUUUGGAUUCUUCUACUCCUUUUAAGGAAGGUCUUUCAUGGCAGGCCCACCGCGCUCCGGUUCUUGCCAUGGUUUUCACUUCUUACGGUGAUAUGUGGUCAGGUUCUGAGGGUGGUGUUAUUAAGAUCUGGCCAUGGGAAUCCAUUGAAAAAUCUCUCUCUCUUAAACCCGAGGAAAGACAUAUGGCAGCUUUACUGGUGGAGAGGUCAUGCAUUGACCUCAGGAGCCAAGUUACUGUCAAUGGUGUUUGUAGUAUAUCUUCUCAAGAUGUAAAGUGUUUGGCAUCGGAUAAUUUUAGAGCUAAAGUUUGGUGUGCUGGGUCUCUGUCCUUCUCUUUGUGGGAUGCUCGUACACGAGAGCUUGUGAAAGUCUUUAAUAUAGAUGGUCAGACUGAGAAUCGAGUUGAUAUGUCAUCAGUGCAGCAAGAUCAAGCAGUAGAAGAUGAGAUGAAGGUAAAAUUUGUUUCCACCUCAAAAAAGGAGAAAUCCGGGGGCUUUUUGCAACGGUCGCGUAAUGCUAUAAUGGGAGCUGCAGAUGCUGUUCGUCGAGUUGCAACCAGAGGGGCAGGGGCAUUUGUAGAAGAUACCAAGAAGACGGAGGCACUCGUGCUAACUGCCGAUGGCAUGAUAUGGAGUGGAUGCACAAAUGGUUUACUGGUGCAGUGGGAUGGAAAUGGAAACCGUGUGCAAGAUUUUAAUCACCAUCCUUGUAGUGUCCAAUGCUUUUGCACUUUGGGGACACGAAUAUAUGUAGGCUAUGUGAGUGGCAUGAUGCAGGUAUUGGAUCUUGAGGGAAAUCUAAUUGCAGGAUGGAUUGCACACAGCAGCCCUGUGAUCAAAUUAGCAGCUGGAACUGGUUCUGUUUUUAGCUUGGCCACUCAUGGUGGCAUACGUGGAUGGAACAUCAAAUCUCCAGGACCUGCGGACAACUUGGUACGUUCAGAAUUAGCUGCGAAAGAACAUGUAUAUACCAGAACAGACAAUGUUAGAAUUUUAAUUGGCACAUGGAAUGUUGGUCAAGGAAGAGCAUCUCAGGAUUCUUUAAAGUCAUGGUUGGGUUCUGUUGUGCCAGAUGUUGGCAUUGUAGUUGUUGGGCUGCAAGAAGUAGAAAUGGGUGCAGGCUUUCUUGCAAUGUCUGCAGCAAAAGAAACUGUAGGGCUUGAAGGGAGCUCUGUUGGGCACUGGUGGCUUGAUAAUAUAGGAAAGGCCUUAGAAGAAGGAAGAACUUUUGAACGUAUGGGUUCUAGGCAGUUGGCAGGCUUGCUCAUAUCUCUUUGGGUAAGAAAGAAUCUCAGAACACAUGUUGGAGAUAUUGAUGCUGGAGCAGUUCCAUGCGGCUUUGGUCGUGCGAUUGGGAAUAAGGGAGGUGUUGGUUUGAGAAUCAGAGUGUACGAUCGUAUAAUGUGCUUUGUGAACUGUCACUUGGCUGCACAUUUAGAAGCUGUGAAUCGCCGUAAUGCUGAUUUCGAUCACAUUUAUCGAAAUAUGGUCUUCAACCGGUCAUCUCUAAUUAACAAUGCAGCUGGUAUGCUACCAUACCUGUUUUUGUCUUGCUCUCUUGCCUUGUCUACCUAUUUAUUUUGGCUGCUUUAUUCUUCUGGCUUGCCAUGGGUCCUCUCUCUUGCAGCUGGUGUCGCAACUUCUGUUAACAUGACUCGCAGUAGCAGCAGCAGCAGCAGCUCUGAGGAAGCAGCAAGGCCUGAAUUAGCUGAAGCAGAUAUGGUUGUUUUUCUGGGUGAUUUCAACUAUCGACUUUUUGGUAUUUCUUAUGAUGAAGCAAGGGACUUUGUUUCGCAAAGAUGCUUUGAUUGGCUCAGAGAAAAAGAUCAGCUUAGAGCAGAGAUGAAAGCUGGGAAAGUUUUCCAAGGGAUGCGUGAGGCACUCAUUCGAUUCCCACCAACAUACAAGUUUGAAAGGCACCAAGCAGGUUUAGCAGGAUAUGAUUCUGGUGAGAAGAAACGAAUUCCUGCCUGGUGUGAUCGAAUAAUAUACCGCGACAAUCGAUCAUCUCCAGUUUCAGAGUGUGGUUUAGAGUGUCCUAUAGUCUCAUCAAUUUUACUGUAUGAUGCAUGCAUGGAUGUGACUGACAGUGAUCACAAACCUGUCCGGUGUAAAUUGUCUUUACAAAUUGCCCAUGUUGAUAGAUCAGUAAGGAGAAAAGAGUUUGGGGAAGUCAUAAAAUCCAAUGAGAAAAUCAGGUCUAUGCUUGGAGAAUUAAACUAUGUUCCAGAAACUACUGUCAACACCAACACCAUAAUUCUUCAAAAUCAGGACACAUCCAUUUUGCGUAUCACCAAUAAAUGUGUGAAGGACAUGGCCGUGUUUAGAAUAAUUUGUGAAGGGCAGUCCACCGUGAAGGAGGACGGCGAUGAGCCUGACUAUCGCGCAAGAGGAGCCAACGGGCUUCCCCGAUGGCUUGAGGUGACACCAGCAGCUGGGAUGAUAAAACCUGAACAGAGUGUGGAGGUGUCAGUUCAUCAUGAAGAGUUUCAUACCUUAGAAGAAUUCGUUGAUGGCAUCCCUCAAAACUGGUGGUGUGAAGACACCCGAGACAAGGAAGUGAUUUUAAUAGUGCAUGUGAAUGGGAGUUGCUCAGCCCAAACAUUUAGUCAUCGAGUCAGAGUGAGGCAUUGCUUCUCCUCGGCCAAGACAAUCCGCAUUGUCUCAAAGUCCAACAGCUCCAGAAAAGGGCAAGCAAGUCCAGUUCACAGGCAAUCUAACAAUUCGAGCAGCGAAGCGAAACAAACUUGAAAAAUCCUUGAAACGAACUAGUAACAGAUACUGAUAGUAAGUAUGAGGCAGGCAGUCAUAGACGCGUGAGCGGCUGGUAGAAGGAGUGCAGAGGGAUUUAGGAACAGGUUUUAUAUAUUGAGCAUCGGAAGCAGCAGCAUCAUGUUCAUGUCCUCUCUCUAAUAUCAGGUUAAGUUUUACAUCAAAGCUUGCUUUCUAGUGAAACAAGUAGUUUCUGGUUGGGUAAAGGUAAGCUAUGCUUGUUUGCCGGAGGCUAUAAGGAAGGAAAUGUGAAGAAGAAUCUCUCUCGUGUUGUCUAUUAUAUUUCUGAUUAGUAGGUCAUAAACUAGUAAUGACUGAGUAUAUUGUAUUAGAUUAAUCAGGACCCUAUCCUCACUGUAUAGAAAAUAAGUCUAAAUGUCA